UUUAAUGCAUUUAACAAUGUUCAUUUAUUAAUAUUGCAAUCGUUUAAAUGUUUUUAGUUAAUUAACGUUCUAGUUUAUAUUGGUAUUAGACGAUGCAAUGGUUAAAGUUAGAAAUUCUACUCAACAUACUAUUUAUAUUAGUCAUAAGCAAUUUUGCAGAUAUAGGUGACCCUUACAAAAUAUUAAAUAUAGGUAGGAAAGCUACUUUGCAAGAAAUCAGAAGGGCUUAUAAGCAAUUAGCAAAAGAAUGGCAUCCUGACAAAUCAGAUGAUCCAUCAGCUGAGGCAAAAUUUGUAGAAAUAAAACAAGCCUAUGAAUUAUUGAUUGAUCCUGAAAGACGUAAAGCUUUUGAUUUACAUGGAAUAACAAAUGAGGACAAUACUUUAUACAAACAACGACAUGAUUACAGUCAGUAUGGCAGAUUUGCUGGAGAUCCAUUUGAAAAUCUAUUUGGAAGCCAUGGAGGACGCUUUCAUUUUAAUGGACAAGACAUGUCAAUCUUUCAUAAAAUGUCGGUCACAAGCAGACAAUAUGAACUUAAUUUAGUACCAAAGAGUCAUCAAGUUCCACAUUUGCUGAUGUUUUAUGCUGACCUGUGUUUUUCUUGUAUACAAGCUGUACCGAUUUGGAGACGUUUAAUAGAUUCAUUAGAACCUUUAGGAAUUGUUCUAAAUACUGUACAUUCAAGCCAUGAAUUAUCAUUAACAAGAAAUAUUGGAGUUCAUUCCUUACCUUGUAUUGUUCUCUUACUAGAUGGGAGUACUUUUGUAUACAAAGAUACUGUGUUCAAUGUACAGAAGGUUGUAGAGUUUGUUAAACUGAAGUUGCCAUACAAGCUUAUUGCUCAAAUAACUGACAAUAAUGUAGAACAGUUUUUGUCUGGCUGGCCAGACAAUCGAGUUAGAGCGCUGGUGAUGGAACCAAGACCACAGCCUAGACUUAGAUAUUUGGUAACAGCUUUCAGAUUCAGGAAAACUGUAGCAUUUGGCUUUGUCUGCACGGAUUCAGAUAGUUCAGAUAAGAUCAGGGACAGAUACAAAAUUAAUCGUGCUUUGGACACUGUUUUGAUGUUUAAUGAAGAUCAUCAUCAUUCUCCCGUAGUCAGUAUUACUAUGUCUGAUAUUCCCACUGACACCCUACGAGAUGUGAUUUCAGCAAAUCAAUAUCUUGCAUUGCCAAGAUUGUCUGAUCAACAGAUUUUGGAUGCACUAUGUCCUGCUGAGUGGAACCGAGCAAAGAGAAAAUUAUGUGUAGUGCUUGUAACUGAUGAUGAUAAAGAACAAGAUGGAUAUAGAGAAGCUCUGAGGCAAGUUGCUAGAAGAGUUAGCGGUUCAUAUCAUGGCAGAGUUAGAUUCACUUAUGUGUUCAGAGAGAAACAAAGGGCAUUUGUUGAUAGUUUACUUUUAGGACCAGAAGCUCCAAGAGAUGAGUUAUUGAAAUUGGUCAUAAUCUGGAGACGUGAUACAACAAGAGUUAUGUAUGAUUGGUUUGAUGAAACUUGGGUAAAAAUUGAUGAUGAAGCUUAUACAGAUAAUGACAAAGAAUUUGAUGAGGAUCACCUUGUACAAGAAAGUAACUACAAUAAGACUAGACAGCGAUUAGAAGAGAAAAUACAAUACUUACUUCGAAGCACUGAUGCCUUGCAAUAUGAAGCCGUUAUUAAAGACCUGUUAGAUGAGCAUGCUCAAGGUCUUAUUUCAAAAGUAUUUUCAAAACUUGCACUCUGUUUGGAAAUAGCAAGUGACCAUUUAACUCAUGAGCAUAUUAUGCCAGCCGUGUCAGUGGUUGGAACUGUUUUAUUUAUUCUUGCAAUUGGGCAUUUUAUGGCUGGAUUAGUUAAAGCUGAAGAGGAGCGUGUUCAACAAGAAAAAAUGCAAAAAACUAAGAAACAUAGUUCUUGUUCAUCAUCUACUACACCUUUGCUGUCUAAUAAUAACAACAAUAAUACUGUUGAAGAUGAUAUGGAACCAUCAGAUACAUCAAGUGCAUAUAGAGCAUUAUAUCAGCAAAGAAGAUCACAAGAGUUGAAACUGCACGAGUUGUUGCAAGAAAAAUAUAAUGGGCUAGUGCGACUAUUAAAACCAGGAUGUAGAACCAUAGUUUUACUUUGUGAUGUGCAGAGCAGAAAGACUUUGCUGCCUGCAUUUCAUAAAGCUGUGUGGCCGUAUCGAAGGAAUAAAACUCUUAUGUUUGCUCAUGCAACACUAGACAAAUGCCUUGGCUGGUAUAGAUCACUACUUGAGAUGUGUUUGCUUCGUGACAUGAAUGAUGAUGAUUAUGAAGGCCAGCAGUUCAAUCAUUCUGCCAGAUUAACUAAUAUUAAUCCCAGAAAUUGUGUCGGCACUGUAUUAGCACUUAAUGGCCAUAGAAGAUACUUUUGUGUAUAUCAUGCCAUGCAUCCUGAAUGCAACGGUUCUACUGGCAGCAAGAGAAUGCAACGUAUGUCAAGGUCGCUUAGAAGAGGCUAUAGUUAUUCUGAUCCUGAAGCUGGUGCUGCAUUUUUGGGUUUAGAUUCAGACACUUCAGAAGGAUCAUCUAGUGAUGAUGAUAUUUCUGGAGGAAUUUCAAGGAGACACAACAAUAAUGACAGAAAAAAAGUACUUUUGGAAGAAAACUUGUUGGAUGGUCUGCCUAAUUGGUUAGAAAGAUUGUUUGAAGGAACUACACAUAGAUAUCAAGUUGGGUAUUGGCCAGAUUUCACAGCCAAAUAAAGAAAAUGUGCUUUGUGUUCAUGCAUUUCUUCAAUAAGCAAAUUUGUUUAAGGUAACAAACAUUAUCAAUAUCUCUUGAGGUUUUAUGAUAGAACAAUCAAUUUGUCCACGUGAUUCUAUAUUAUAUAUAUCUAAAGAGUCAAAGUAUUUCUAUGGUAGGAAUAUCAAUAUUGAUAUUCCUACUAAUUGUUAUAACCGACGAAAUUUUUCAUAUUUUUAUUAUUUAGAAAACCCUU